AUGAGUGAGCCUACCAUCAAACUACAUCAGAUUCAGUCUUUGAUACAAAAGCAAUAUGGUUUGUAUGUUAGUAAGACAAGUUGUAGAAAGGCAAAACUGAGAGUUAUGAAUGAACAUAUGGGAGAUUUCAGAGAGGAGUUUGCUAGGUUGUAUGAUUAUACUGAGCAAUUAAAGACCACAAAUCCUGGAACUACUGUAUCUAUUAGAACAUCCAAGAACACAAUUCCAAGAAAAGAGGUGUUUAUGAGCAUAUAUAUUUGUCUUGGUUCCUUAAAAAUUGGAUGGAAAGAAGGGUGUAGAAGGAUUAUUGGUUUAGAUGGUGCAUUUCUUAAAAGUGUAUGUAAAGGUAAAUUGUUAUCUUGCAUAUCCAAAGAUGGAAAUAAUCAGAUGUACCCUAUAGCAUGGGCAGUAGUUAAUAAAGAAACCAAGGACACAUGGUCUUGGUUUCUCAAGUGCAUCAAACAUGAUUUGGAGCUUACAGAAGGUGAAGGACUAACAGUGAUGUCUGAUAUGCAAAAGGGUCUUCAUCUUGCACUUAUUGAUGUAUUGUCAAAUGCUGAAAUUAGAUGGUGUGCUAGGCAUAUAUGGGCAAACUGGAAGAAAGACUGGAGGGGUGAAGAAAGGAGAAGAAAAUUCUGGCAGGUUGCUAGGGCAUCAUUUGAGGUACUUUUAUAG